AUGGCGCCUAGUGAAUCCAUUGAGUAUGAGUGGAUUGAUGGGGUCGAGCGGCUAGAGGUGUACGAGCCUGGCGGCUAUCAGCCUGUGAUGAUCAACGACUUACUGCACGAUCGCUAUCCAGUAUUGGACAAGUUAGGAUAUGGUGUAAAUAUAUCGAGCCCGUCACUCCCUCGACGCGAGUCUAGUAUCAUACGCGCCUUAUCUGGCUCAAGUUCAACUUUUCAAGCUGCCCAUACAGCCAUCGGUGCACGCGACGCCAUACCGAGUAUUUUGGAUGAAUUUGACAUCCAAGGACCUAACGGGACCUAUGCAUGCUAUACAUUAGCUCCCGCCCAAGGGAAUCUCAGAGAAGCAUCAUUUAGUCUCUUUCCCAUUCAAGUCGCCCGGGCGUUGGCUGCCAAAUUAACGACCGCUGUUUCUUUUGUCCAUUCUCAGGGCUUUGUCCAUGGAGUAAUUGUGGAUAUUCAUCUUCGGAAUGUAUUGGUUAAAUUCCCAUCGACCUUUGAUGAGCUCUCAAUCGACCAGUUCCGGGAGAAAUUUGGCGAGCCCGAGUUGAUACCCAUCAGCCGUGUCGAUCGGAAACCUCUCCCGCCCAAUAUCCCAUCCCAAGCUGUGUUGCCUCUGUACCUCGGCAAAAAGGCUCAAGAGUUCACCCUGGCGGACGCGCGGGGCCUUGUUCUCAGCGACUUUGGUGAGGCUUUUGCUCCGGCUACUGGGCAACGUCUCGGGAAGGACUGUAAUACACCUUUUCCCAUGAGAGCAAUAGAAGCUGUUUUCGAUCCCGAUGCACCGCUAUCAUAUCCAUCAGACAUAUGGAGCCUCGGAACUGCUAUAUGGGAAAUUUUGGGUAUGAAAUUCAUCUUUAGCGAGUCAGAAACUAGAGAUGCAAUUGUGGCUCAGCAAAUUGGCGUCCUGGGUUCUCGGCACUUUCCUCCAAGCUGGCAGAAAUACUGGGAACAACUGAUCACGGAGCAAAUGGGUAAAGAUGAAUGA